GUGUUUGUGUUGAUGCAGCAAGCUAACCGAUUUUCAUUAUGACACCAAUUUAUUUGUGUCCAAACUAAACCUUUUUUACACAGCCAGCUCACAUCGAUCGGUUCAAGUGGAACACAGAUAGCUUAAUAAAACAGUUCAAAUAAUCUGGAAGCUUUUAAAAGCGGGUUAUAAUGUCGAUCGAGUACGAGGAACAGCUAGCCGGAAGCCUGGUGGACUCUUUCCCGAAAGACUUUGGCUACGGUGUGGAGAACAUGGACAUGAUGCAGGAAGACCUGGAAAACUCUCCAUCUGCCGAUAACAAACCCAGAAUUCUGCUGAUGGGACUGAGACGCAGCGGGAAAUCUUCCAUCCAGAAGGUGGUGUUUCAUAAGAUGUCCCCAAAUGAGACCCUGUUCCUGGAGAGCACCAACAAGAUCUGCAAGGACGACAUCUCUGGGAGCUCUUUUGUCAACUUUCACAUAUGGGAUUUUCCGGGACAGGUUGACUUUUUCGAUCCCACUUUCGAUUACGAGAUGAUUUUCAGGGGCACGGGCGCGCUCAUCUUCGUCAUUGAUGCUCAGGAUGAUUAUGUAGAGGCAUUAGGGCGACUGCAUCUGACAGUGUCGCGGGCAUUCAGAGUAAACCCAGAAAUCAAUUUCGAGGUGUUUAUACACAAGGUGGAUGGUUUAUCUGAUGAUCAUAAGAUUGAAACGCAGAGAGAUAUUCAUCAGAGGGCCAAUGAUGAUCUCGCCGAUGCCAGUCUGGAAAAGCUUCACCUAAGUUUCUAUCUCACCAGCAUCUAUGAUCACUCCAUCUUUGAGGCCUUCAGUAAGGUGGUCCAAAAACUCAUUCCUCAGCUGCCCACACUGGAAAACCUCCUCAACAUAUUUAUUUCUAAUUCUGGGAUAGAGAAAGCAUUUCUGUUUGACGUGGUCAGUAAGAUCUACAUCGCCACAGACAGCUCGCCGGUGGACAUGCAGUCAUAUGAGCUCUGCUGUGACAUGAUCGAUGUCGUCAUUGACGUCUCGUGUAUUUACGGACUGAAGGACGACAGCAACAGCAACGCUUAUGAUAAAGAAUCUUUGGCCAUUAUAAAGCUGAAUAACACCACAGUGCUUUACCUCAAAGAGGUGACAAAGUUCCUGGCUCUGGUCUGCAUCCUGAGAGAGGAGAGCUUUGAGAGGAAAGGUUUGAUAGACUACAAUUUCCACUGCUUCCGAAAGGCCAUUCACGAAGUGUUUGAGGUGAGCAGCGCCACCCAGAGGACAGUAGCAGCGGUGCAGUCCAGCCCACCCCACAGUAGCGGCAAGGCUCUGGUCCGACUCAAAUCGGCAGCGAUGAACGGUACCCCCAGGAGUCUGGUUUAACCCGGGACACACCGACCUCUAAGAACACAGGGCCUUUACACAAGUGCAAAAAACAUGCGCUACCUUACACAUGAGAUAACUGGAGCGCUUCUGUGGUUACACCUGCUGUUUCAGGUACACGGAGACACACCAGAGGACUCAAGGAGAACUACAUUGCUGCUUUUUUAUGAUGCUAUGAUUUCUGUGAGUGUGUGCGCGUGUGUAUGAGUGUGUGCAAACACAGUAUCACCUAAUGUUAUACAGGCAUAUGGAAAAUCUGUGCAAUGUAGCCAAGAAAUUGAAACGAAUAAUGAAAAUCGUCCUUGAAAUUAGACUGAGCCUGAUUCACUAGUUGUCGAAGUCAGAUUCUAGAUUCUUCUUGUAGUAGAAAUCCUCAUUCAUUGGCCUGAGAUUGCAGCGGCUGUCUAAGCUAUUUACCUUUGUGAGGAUUUUAGGGAAAAUAAAGGGAGCAAAGGCCCAAAUUACAUUAACUUUGGAUGUCUAACUGUCUGUGAAUGGCCUUACAGUGACAUGAAUCACAUACAGAGACUUCUUCUUCAGUUAUAGAAUGUAUCUCGCCAAAUAUCCUCUAAGUUUAAUAAAAAUUAAACAGCGAAAAUUUUCAUCCCAGACCAACAACAAAAGUAUGCAGUGUAAUUUGCCAUAUAAUGGUUAUUCCAGUGUUCUGGUGUACAUGCAGAAUACAGUAUAAAGUCUGUUGAACGUGAGAUAACGGUAUUAUGUAAUUAACCCUUUCUUUUACAUGAUUUAUUAUUUUAUUCACAUUCAAAAAUGUCCAGUUCUUGUUCGGAUAUAAUGAGGGCUGUGUGUGUUUGCGUGCGUGCGUGUGUGUGGUUGCAUAGAUUGUGAAAGUUUUUGUUUGAAUGAUGUGUGUGUGUCUGUGUGUGUCCUUUGUUUUUUUCUAAUAAAGUGUAAAAGAAUAAAAUAUUAAUUUUGUGAUCGAAUUAUAAAGAUUAUUUAGAAAAUGAAAAUUGUUUACUCAUGUUAUAUUUUGUCUCCGAGCACGAUGAAAUAUUAAAGCUAUAUACAUUUC